CGUGGGGGGCGGGGGCUUCCCUAAUGUGAGCCCGUGUGCUUCACGUACAGUCCCCGCCCGCCCGGGGGACACGCCUGGUGGCGACGUGAGCGCUCCCUGAGGUUGUGAGUGAAGGCGGGAGGACGAAGCCGAAGUUUCCUCAGUAGCUUUGUUUUCAGCGCGUGAACAACAACAACAACAACAACAACAACAACAGCAGCAGCAGCAGCAGCCACGGUGACAUGUGGAGAAGAGACCUGUCCGCUCCGCAGCGACUCGGUUAGAGCUCCUCCCGGGAUCGACUCUCCGUUUGCCGCCUGGUUUUGUUGUCUUCAACGCUAACCAGCGGAGCGACUCGUCCAAGUUGCUAAGCUAACGUUGGGUUUGUGACCCUCCAGGCUUCGGGUCAUUUAACGUCCACGGCUCCACUGGGUUUAAUUGAUUUUAACCGCGGGAUGGCGACGAGGAAGCCUAAAGACACUGAUGUCAGCCUCCCUUUUGCUGCACUUCAGCUUCUGGCCCCGCCCGUGCGCCUGGUGUCCGCAGCUUUCUGGAAGGUGCUGAAGCAGAGGGAUGUGAUGCAGUACGGGGUUGUGGAGGAGUUUGUGACAUCGGCCUGUGACACUGUCCCCGGGCUGCUCACCGUGAGGCACCAGGGCAAGCUGACACUGGGGCUGAGAGGACGGCUGAUCUUGGAGCUUCUUCGUACACAGCCUGAUGUGAAGGUGAUUGAAGCUCACAUGAAAAGGAUCCGCGCUCCAGCUGCCCCUUCGCCCUCCUUGUCUGCUGCUGUGAGGAAGGACGUAAAAAUCGCGAGGACAGUUGAAAGUUUCCAUUCAUUUGUUCACGCGAUGCUGACAGACCCAGCAGAGAGAGAACAGUUCUUCAAGGAGGAGUUUCCUGUGGAUUACGGUCCAAAGUUUGACGAGGAGCUGGAGAAGCUGCUGUGGGAGUUUUUGAUUCGACUGGACCAGUUGCUGCCAGUUCCCAACCUAGCUCAGACUGUGUCGUGGCUCAGUGAUGCCCCCCCCGUCCUUGAGGAGUGUGCGCGGUCAGCCACCCAGCCCCAGCUCCUCAACAUUUUGCUUCAGCAUCAAACCUGUCUGGGUCAUCUUGAGCCUGCAGCAUCUCUCCCUCCGAACAUGGGAGACUCCAUCCUGGAUUCACUUUCUCUGCCCCCGUCUGGAAGAGUCACUUCAAAUCAAGGAGGAGCCAAAACGUCUGCAGGGGAUCAGUCCAGGAGAGAGAAGACACCAUUUAUAACACCUGUAAUCGGACUAAUAUCUAACGAGGACGUACCGGUCAUGGCCUCAGCCAGUAGAAGAGCAUUUAGAGGCGACAAGCCAGCCACCUCAAAAGAUGCAACAAAAGACAGCUUAAAGUUCACUAUGGUCAAAGAGAGACAAAAACCCAAUGAUGCAGUGAAAGAGGAUGAGGAACAACUGGAGGGGGAGGGGGAGGGGGACGUCUCCAAAAGAAGCAGAGGAAUGAAACGCAAACAACCUGACAACAGACAAAGUGAAAUCAACGAAGAGGAGGAGGAGGAUGUUGCAGGUAUGAACAAAUCUGGAAAGAGGAAGAUUUACAGCGUCAGGCAGGGAGGCAGUGACCAGAGAACAAGUGAGAGUGAAGAGGAGCAGCUAAGCAGAGCAGCACUGGCAUCUGGAGUCCAAAAGCUCCACCUGCCUGAUGAUCCGUCCCUCUGCUCCCUUUUUGAGUGUUGUCUGAGAAAACAGCCCAGAAUCAUAAUCGACAAGCUGCCAGUGGCCUCUGCUAGUGCCAGGACGGGUGGAGGAGGAAGAUCCUUCUAUAAGGAAGAGAAUCAGAGGAGGAAGUCGCCGGUCAAAGCUCCGAUGCACAAAAGCACAAGCAACCAACUGGAAAAGCCCGACUCAGACAGUGCUGGCUCGGAUGAUAAAGAAAAUCAUCCUCUCUCAUCGAGUGUAAGCGGCUCUCCUCGCCGACGGACUUACACAGAGACUCUGGCCGCUGCAGGAGGCAGUGAAGACUACGUAGCUGAUUCUGAGGAUGAGGCGACAAAGAACUUCAAAGGGAGGCUGUUCAUAAAGCGCUACUACAAGACCAAACAUGGCACCUACGUUCCCACUCUGAGGGAGUACUGGAAACCUGGUGUGGCUCGGAGAGACUUGCUGUCUGCUGGCAGCAAACGCAGGUGAAGACACAGAUUUUUAUCGCCAGGAUUUGGACUUUGUGACGGAGCAACCAGUUACUUAUCUAUCAUGAUUCAUGCUGUAAUUGUUUUGAACCUCAAUACGUUGUGUGAUCAUGGAGAACCUGCCCUGAAAUUGCAUUGACUCUGAUUAUAAACAUUGUCAUGCAAACAUGAGUUUUUCCAUCAUUGAGAACAUUAGAGUACAGAUAAUGUGUAAAUAUAUAUCAGACAAUUUCUGUAACAAAUUUUUUUUUUCAUUUCACACAUGCUAAUGAAGGUUUUUGAAAUUAGAAAAAUGUGUCUUUGUACAUUAUGUUGCACGUCAUUCACUGUGACUCUAUCUGUUAGCGUUAGGUGUAAAAUGAAUGAUGAAAUGGCUGUAAAUUGUCUCAUUUAUUUACAAAUUGAAUAAAGGUUUAUCAAAUAUACUGCAAAGGUUCAAUUAAUUGUAGCAGCAAUUACAGAGUCAUCAUGCAUCAUUUGUUGAAACUGUCACGUCUUGAUUAAAAAUCUUAAUCACAGAACAUUAAGAAUACGAUGCAGAAUCUUCACUAACAGGUUGAUGUGGCAGUAAUC